AUGGAACUGCAUGAGAAGGAGAAGGCUCCAUCGCGGGAGGUCCCCUUCCUUGCGCUAAACCCCGUCUCGUCCCAAAGGUACGUCUCCGCUUGGGCCGCUUCCGCAUCGGCAUCCCUGUCAGCGUCGGCUCUGCGUGGAAGUAACAACAUGGACACGGAGGUGAUCGAGGUGGAGCACCUGUUCAGCAAGAUCCUGACGCCAAGCGACAUCGGUAAGCUGAACCGUUUCCUGAUCCCUCGGCGAAACGCGGAGAAGUACUUCCCUAUGGCCGCCUCAAGACCCAAGAGCAACCGUGUCUCUUUCCUCACCUUCGAGGACUGCUCCACUGGGAAGCUGUGGCACUUCCGCUACUGCUUCUGGAGCAGCAGCCGCGGCUACGUCCUGACCAAGUGCUGGAAGGCCUUCGUCCGGAUCAAGGAGCUCAACGCCGGGGACUUGGUGUCCAUCUACCGCGGCGCCGGUGAGGCUGCAGGCAACCGCCGAUUCAUUCGAUGCAGGAAACGCGCUGGCGUCUCCGCGCCACAUCCCACUCCAGCUGCGGUGCUCCGCGGCCUCACUCCAGCACCCAGCACGCCAUACGUCGACCAGCCGCUGCGUCAGGGCCUCCGCUUCCGCAGGCGCAGGAGCAUCUACGGAUCCGGACCAGCAAGGCAGCACCCUCUGUGCUAUGGAUCUGCAGGGACGCAAGUGCCGCAGCCACCCAUAGCUCCUGAAUCGGCGACGCUUGGCAAUGGCAAGGCGGUGGCAGAGAAGCGUGUGCGGCUUUUCGGUGUCAACCUCGUUAUCCCUGAUCCAGGCAGUGCUGCUUGA